UCAGGUUCCCAUUACAAAAAGCGAGCCGUACAUAAACCCCAACGGGAAUUUUCCAUUUUCUACAAAACACGCAAACCCGACGGCGGUUUCUAAUUUCAACAAACACCUUCUUAUCUUCCUCCCCCCAGGUGGCGUGUGCAUUCACGACCCCUUCCCGUUUGGCUCCCUGGAUUCUUCCGACCCCAAUACCGUAAUUUGGAUUCAAAGGUGGUUUUUUUUUUUUAGUUUGCUGGGUACUUGAGGAGCAGAGGUAGUGUUGCUAUAUAGAUGUUACACAAGCAGAUGACAACAUAUAAUCUUGAUCCCGACGUGGUUCGAUGGGGUCUCCAUCUCUUGGAUGUUUGCACGAUGUCGAAUGAUAAUUCUCAUAGUACUGUUACGCAAUACGACCAGGAUUUUAGUCAAGUAGAGUAUGUUAGAGAAGGUUAUGUUGAGCCUUGUAAUGUGGAGAAUGAUGAGAUUAUAGCUCAAGCUUAUCAAGAAGAGUUGUCAAGGCUCACUUCUGUAGAAAAGUCAGGAGCUUCUGGUUAUGGAGAUGGGCAGUUAGAAGCGUCAAUUCUUGCGCAGGAUUGGCUUGGUGCUUCAAAUAGGCACAAUGGUACUGGGCUUGAAAAUGUUCAGGAUGCAGUAAAUUACUUUGGCAGAAAUAUGGAUACCGAUGAUUAUAGAAAUAAGCAACAUGAGGCGCAUGAUCCAAGGAGAAUUGGAAACAACGAAGCAAAUGAUCACUGCGAAGGAGAAUACUCAAUUAAUGGGGAAGACUUUUUGCACUUGCUGGACAUAACAGAUGAAUCUUCUCUUGAUGGUGAAGUAGGGAGAAGAUUGAAUCAGAUGGCUUCGGUACCUCAUAUUCCUAAAACGAACGAGAAAUUACCCUCAGAGGAUGAAGAGAUAUCAGAUCAUCAGAGGCUUUUAGAAAGACUGCAGUUGUAUGAUUUGGUGGAGUGUAAGGUCCAGGGAGAUGGUAACUGUCAGUUUCGUGCUUUAUCUGAUCAACUAUAUCGUUCUCCUGAAUACCAUGGUGUUGUAAGAGACCAAAUUAUUCAACAGCUGAAGAGUCACCCCGAAAUGUAUGAGGGUUAUGUUCCUAUGGGUUAUGCUGAUUAUCUAAAGAAGAUGAGCAAGAAUGGUGAAUGGGGUGAUCAUGUCACAUUGCAGGCGGCCUCAGAUUCGUAUGGUGUAAAGAUAUUUGUAAUAACUUCCUUCCGGGAUACAUGUUACAUUGAGAUCCUUCCACACGUUGAAAAAUCCAACAGAGUUAUCUGCUUGAGCUUUUGGGCUGAGGUGCAUUACAAUUCAAUUUAUCCCGAAGGAGAACUUCCUCCCCCGAGCUUAAAGAAAAAGAAGAAAUGGUGGAAACUUUGAGACCAGGAAUCGACAUUUGCAACGAGUUUUAGUUUUCGGUUGAGGAAGCUUCAGUUUCGUGUUGACGUUGUCUAUAUUGGCUCCUUGGAGCCGGGGCAGAAUGGCGUUCCCUUGCUUGUUUCUGCUCUUCUGCAUUUGCACCGAAAGAUGAUUCUUCACCGAGUUCUUGUACAUGUUACAUAUUCUUUGAUUUAGAUUGUUUUUUUUUAACAUACCUUUGAUAUAGAGGAUUUGUCAUUUCUUAAUGUAAAUAAAUUCAUCCUUUUUAUUCUCAAAUAUAGUAAAUCUUUCUUUCCAAUCAA